CUCCCGGUUCAUAAAUUUGAGCUAGGGUCUCGGAGACUCUCGUCCCACCGUUAAAGAUGACGACGACGACUGCUUCUCUGGUUAAGACUUUUCUGUUUCGGUGCGACUCGUUUUCAUCUUUCAAAUUCAAAUGCAAAUUCGAAUCUCCCGCGAAAACGCGAUUGCUCUCUCCGGCGACCGAGAAACAUGUUGUCAGAUCGUCAAGAGCCUGGCGUAUUCGUUGCUUAUCCGAUGAUCCUGGUUCGAGUCAUGUUUUCGUUGCAAGUAGAAGGAAAAUGGUAGUCUUGUUGUCGACGGUGCAGCUUCUGUCUCAUAUGCUUCCGCAAAACGGGAACGCAGCUGAGAUUUAUCCGGUGAUGCAAAACGAAAUAAGGAAAGUGGUGACAAAGGGCAAGGCUGCUGGUGUGCUUCGUUUAGUGUUUCAUGAUGCUGGAACCUUUGAACUGGACGAUCAUUCUGGUGGCAUCAACGGAUCUAUUGCUUAUGAACUUGAGAGACCUGAGAACAUAGGUUUGAAGAAAUCCUUAAAGGUUCUAGCGAAAGCAAAGGUUAAGGUUGACGAGAUACAACCAGUGUCUUGGGCGGAUAUGAUCUCUGUCGCUGGGUCUGAAGCAGUUUCAAUAUGUGGCGGCCCAACAAUUCCAGUAGUUUUGGGAAGACUUGAUUCAGCGCAACCUGAUCCAGAAGGCAAGCUACCUCCAGAAACCCUGAGUGCCUCGGGAUUGAAAGAAUGCUUCAAAAGAAAAGGAUUUUCGACCCAGGAGCUUGUUGCCUUAUCUGGGGCACAUACGAUUGGGAGUAAAGGCUUUGGAGAUCCGACAGUUUUUGACAAUGCAUACUACAAAAUCCUUCUUGAAAAACCAUGGACGUCAACUUCUAAGAUGACGAGCAUGGUCGGGCUUCCUUCGGAUCAUGCUUUAGUGCAGGAUGAUGAGUGCUUAAGGUGGGUGAAACGGUAUGCAGAAGACCAAGACAAGUUCUUCGAAGACUUCACAAAUGCUUAUAUCAAACUAGUAAAUUCUGGGGCCAAAUGGAAUAUGUUAUGAUAUCUAAUCUAGUUUUAUAUUUUGUUAGCUCAUAAGUGUUUCAAACAUGCCCGAAUAAUUUGGGUAGUAAUGCUUAUUUGCUAAUAAGUAAAAAUUUCGCUGCUUACUAGUUUACUACUACGAAACUAAACAUAAAAGAUACUCAAACUUGACACCAACUUACUUC